GCGCGAAGGCCUACCCUAGGCUGCCGAGGGCAGCGUCCACCAGGUACGAUACAACCCUCCCCGAUCCCGACCUCGAUCCUUCUUCAAACAAGCCGGGUACGGGAGUAGAGCGCUGCGGCGUCACAUCACGGCGCAGCAGAGUCCAGAGGAGAUCCAGCACACCGUCGCCUCGAUUCUCAUGUGCCAGCCAGGCGCAUGCAAGACCACGGUCAGACUCCGACGCCCCCACCCCUGCUUUCCUCUCACACGUCCACCUCACUCCCGUCCGUGCGACCGUGCCUCGUCUCACUUGCCCACAUAUAUACCAGAUACCAGUUACCACCACCACCACCACCACGAGCUCCCUCCACCCUCCUCGCAUUUCCCACCCAACCUUCUGGAGCAAGCUCAGAGAGACCUCCAGAGCAACAGACCAGUUGCGACUUGCGAGCAGUGCAGUAGCAGUACAAAUGGCUAGCCGCCGCGGCAGCUUCUUGUCACUGCCAAGGCAGCUCCUCCUCAUGGCGGCGGUUCUUGGCACCGUCGUCCUUCUCGGCGAGGGCGCGACGGCCAGGCCGCUGCUGGGCAUCGCCGAGCCACCGGCCUCGCCAGGCGCCGCGGCGGCGGCGCCGGGACCGGGGGUCGCCGCGCAGGCUGCGGAGGCAGGCGGCGGCAGGGCCCCCGACCGCUCGGAGGCCGGCGUGGAAGUGAUCCUCGCCGGGUUCGCGGCGGCGGUGGCCGUUGUCAUCGUCUGCUACAUCCGGGUCACCAGGGAGAGCAAGAACGGCAGCGGCAGUGUGGGAGAGAAGCGCGGAAGCUUGGGAGGGUUCUGAGCUCGCUCGCUCUGUCUAGUGUGGGCAGAUGUAGAUGUACCAGCGAGUAGGCACUUCUUGUAAAUGAAAUGAGGUGUAGGGAGUGAGAUGAGAAGAAGCGUCGUGUUUGUCGAACUCUUAAUCAAUCUUUAGGAAACAUUCUGUGUGCAUCAUGUUACCGGGCAUUCUGUCCGAUCGAGCGAAAUUCGCAACUGAAUUUGCUCAUGAACCAUGGACUAUGCAGAGUUUGCUAUUCAGUUGGCCCAUUGUUAGUC